AUGGUAUUUGCUACACCUAGCCAACGGGGGCAUAUGCUCCUCGAUGUGACGGCGAACGUCAGGUGCCGUUCUGGCAGUGAGGGGUGCAGAGCCCUCCCUCGGCGAGCGCGCGGUGCCAACAGUGGAGGGCACUUGAGACUCUGGCGAGAACAUCCGAGCGGCGAUAUUCGCUGGUGCGAGGGUCGCUCGCUGCAUCCUUUUUGCUCGCGAGAGCGCGCGGCGUUAGGCGGGCGGGAGGCUCGAACCAACUCCGCGUCACUCACGUCGACGCGUUCUCCUCGAUCGUGUGUCUGA